AUGAGGAAGGAGCAGUUCAGAACAUGGAAAACAAGGGCUUGGAGCGAGGAGCCAUGGUGGACCAUGCCUGAGAACUUUUACCUUCCAUUGGUGUUUUACAUGGAAGAAGAGCAGGAGGAGAGCAUCUUCGGCCACCUGGAUGCGGACCUUUGCCGUCUGGAAGGGCAUGGCCAUACCCUUAUUCAGCUGGAGGGGUGGCUCACAGCCACAGGCCAGAUGCGCACUGUAGUUAGGCCACCUGAGGCCAGGCAGUGGCUGUUCUUCAUGACCUGGAGCAUGGGGAACGGGGACUCUGACCAGCAGGCCGGAGUGGCUGAUAGUGGUUGA